CAACAAACUGCAAAGACAGCUGAGCUUGGUCUGUAUGUAAGAAGGGUGACCAUAGACAAAAGCACAAACACAGAGAACUGUGGUAUGUCAUACAAAGAUGAGGAUGUUAAUGAGUCUUUCACCAUGUUAUCGUCUUUUACAUCACUGCCAUUAUCUUACCUUAACUAAGACCCACCAUCACCACCACCUCCUUUCUCUAUCCAAUCACCGAACUCCACCUGGCUAACCAUCCUACCCGUACCCGUUAACCCUCCAAAAAUCCAAUCUUUAACCACUUUUGCAGAUACCCUCUUCUCUAUCUCUCUUGAUGGUUGUUUUAAGACGGUGAUUCAAGGGUUUUCAGGCAUUGUUGUCGCGACCCAGAUAGGCGACAAAGGUUAUGUGACUUAUAGCAUUCACUUUCUCAAUUAUCAGACAGAUAACAGAAGAACUAGGCUUCUGCCUUCUUACUUUUAUGGAGGGUUUUGCGUUUAGUGAUGCAAGCAGUGCUGUCAGGAAGAAGAGGAGUAAUACAUCCCGUCGACCACGGAAUGAAUCGCAUGCACCUUCAGGUUACAUUGAUGUUUCAUCCUUAUCAUCCACACCACCUUCAGAAACUAAUAUGAUGAAGAAUGAAGAUGGAGGAUUUGGAGAAUCCGAUGAAGCUUCCAAUAAUGGUUCUUUUCGAGGAAGCAGUGAGCGAAGGCGCAGUGGAGUUGAUUCUAGAAGGUUGAGCCAAGGUGUCCUUGCCCCAGCUAAUUGGAAAAGCACAAGUAGUAGCUUGGGCCAUGUUGGAGGUUUUUCAGAUGGAGUAGGAAAUGAAAGUAAAGUAAAAAAAGUUAAGCUAAAAGUUGGUGGUAUCACACGUACUAUUACUGCAAAGUCUGCAUCUGAUGGUGCAUCUGCUGUUGCUGUUGGGUCUUCUUCUUCAAAAUCUUCUCGCUUCCCAGAUCCCCGGCAGAAGACAGUUGAGGAGAAUUUGGACAACAACCAUUCCCUUACUUCAGGUAAGGGAAGUGGUUUGCAAGGAGUCCCAUGGAAGGAUUUCUCUAGAAGUGGUCUAAAUGAUGGGAAAUCAGAUGGUUUGAGAGGUGAGAAUCUGUCUUCAAAGCAAACUGAUCAGUCUGAGCCAGUUCGUAAGAGUAAGCGGCUCCCUAAGAAACGCCUAUUAGAUGGAGUUCUUGACGAUGGAGCUGAGGAUGAUGAUGAGAUUCAGUUCCUUGAAAAAGUCAAGACAUCGAAGAUCAGCACUAAUUAUGGUGCAGGGUUUGAAGAUGAAGAGGGAGGAAGCAGGAAACAGCGGAAGAUAUUGAGAGUAUUGAAGAGAAAUGUUGAUGGUCUGAAUGAUGUAGAUGCUGGAGUUCAUGGCCCAACUAGGUUUGGCAAGGAGGGUAAGAAAUCUAAAUCAGGGAGAGUAUCUGAAGAUACUGAUUAUGUGGAAGAUGAAGAUCUGGGCUCGGAUGGUGACCCUACAGCGAAGAGGAAGAAGCCAAGAAAAGAGUUAGCUGAUCUAUCAGCAGACUCUAAGAAGGAAAGGACAGUCACUACCCGUCAACGAGCACUUCAAACUGGCAAAGAUGUCUCCUCUGGUUUUGCUAGUUUGAUAGAGUUCCCAAAUGGGUUACCUCCAGCUCCUCCUAAAAAGCAAAAGGAGAAACUCUCUGAAGUGGAGCAGCAAUUGAAGAGAGCUGAGGCUCUUCAAAGACGUAGGAUGCAAGUUGAAAAGGCAAAUAGGGAAUCUGAGGCGGAGGCAAUAAGAAAAAUACUGGGCCAAGAUUCCACUAGGAAGAAGCGUGAAGAUAAACUGAAGAAACGACAAGAAGAAAUGGCACAGGAGAAAGCUACAAACGCCAUGGUACUUGCAUCAGACCAUGUUAGGUGGGUCAUGGGUCCAGCAGGAACAACUGUAACAUUCCCCACUGAAAUGGGCUUGCCAAGUAUAUUCGACUCCAAGCCUUGCAGUUACCCUCCUCCCCGGGAGAAAUGUGCUGCUCCAUCUUGUACAAAUCCAUACAAGUAUCGGGAUUCCAAGUCAAAACUACCCCUUUGUAGUCUCCAUUGCUACAAGACGAUUCAUGAGAAGAUGCAACCUCUUACUGCUUGUUAGGAUCAAGAUCCACCUUACUGCCUGUUAGGAUCAAGAUCCACCUGCAUGCAACUACGAGUAUAGGAACUUAACAAGUACAUGCAUUCCUGCACCAUUAUAUGCAGUCUCUAGUAAGAGUUGGGGUGGAUGGCAUGGGUAAAGCGAUUAUCAUCAUCAUAUCAGCACAUCACCCUAGCGGAUUGGACCAUGGAGAAAUUGUUGCUAUAGUCACAUAUAAUUGUAAUAUUUUGCAAUGUUCUCUAUCUAUAUAACAUUUUAGUUUUCAUGGAAUUGUUUUAUCCAUCAUGGGAAUAGUUUUCAUAUAA